AUGGGUCUAAGAGGGCGUCCAGUACCCCCGCCUACCCAGAAUGUGCGUCCAUUCCGUGCUUCCUCAAUAAGAAGCAAUCGGUCUUCUGUUCUUACGAUAGACUCCUCUCACCACUCCUCUCCUUUCCAGUCGCCUCACAUGAUCCACCGUGCUCCCCUUAUGAGGAGAGAGUCUCGCCGUUUUAUUCCGCGUCCUGUGGCUCGUGGACGUCCACUCAUGGUCCAGAAUUCUUUAAGCAGGAUUCCUCUAGCUUCGCCACAGCCUUUGCUCAAGCACAUGUCACGUCCUGCAUCCCCCCACCUCUCUCCUCGACAUUCUCGGAUUUCUUCACCCCUCUUGCCUCCUCAAGGUGUCCAUGAACUUCCUCAUGUUACCAAUCCGUAUGCUUCGGCACCCUAUGUUGAUCCUUUCACUGACACAACUGCUACACCCUCAUCUCCAAUGCUAUCGAGUGCAUUACGGAAUCAGGCUAUCAGACAGGCCUCUUUAGCUUCCCCUCUUGGCCCACAAGUAGUCCCUGUGGUGGGUAUAGAUGAGAUGAGUGCUCAGUAUGCAGACCCUUAUCAAUCAUUAUCCCCCUCACUGUCUGUUGCAAUGCAAAACCAAGCCCUCCGAGAUGCUGCCUUUGUUUCCCCAUUGGGCCCUCAUGAGUCACCUGUGGCCACUUCAUCUCCCCUUUUGUCUGGCGCGUUGCAAAAUCAAACAGUGAGAGAUGCAUCUUAUGUUUCUCCUCUGCAAAGGCCACUAUCUCCGUAUGCACAGGCCAUGCCCCCUUCCUCUCCAAUAGUGUCCAGAGCUUUGCAAAACCACGCGGUGAGAGAAGCAUCCUACGUGUCUUUCAUUCCAAGGCCUCAGUCCCCUUAUGCCCCAUCUGCUCCUUCAUCUCCACUGCUUCCUGGAGCCAUAAGGCAUAGUCAGGCACUUCAAGGUGUAGCUUCUUAUCCCACUCCACAGCUCCACUCGCCAUACGGACAGACCUAUGUUACUGGGUAUGAUUAUAUAUCUGAGCCUGGCCCAGCACCAAUGCUCUAUGAUGCCUUGCAGAACCGGUCCAGUGUGCAGAAUGUUUCUUCUCUAAGAUCUCCAAUGAUGCAACGCCAUAACCCUUAUGCACCAGCUGGGCCUAAGCUCCAUAGUGCACUACAGCAGCAUCCAAAUAUCCUCCACGCAUCCUAUCAGUCUCCUUUGCAAUUCAGACGGUUACCAUAUGGACCUCCGCCGCCCUCUUCACCAAUGCUGGCCACUGCCCUUCAUAAUCCACAGUUGAUGCAGGCAUCAUACCGGCUGCCAGAUGGAACUUUGGUGUCACCCUAUGCAGAUCCACGUUCUUCACCACAGCUUAAUCAAGCGUUGCAGAACCAACAAAUCCGUGGAGCUUCAUAUAUUUUGCCAGAUGGAUCAGUUAUCAGGAAGCCCAUGUCUCCCAACCUUGCCAGAGCUCUUCAGAACCAGGAUCUUAGGACUGCUACGUACACUCUACCUGAUGGCACGAUUAUAGAUCCUAGACAGCAACAACCUGUUUCACCAAACUUGGCUAAGGCCCUGAAGAACCCAGCGCUCCGUGAAGCUUCUUAUUCACUCCCGGAUGGUACCAUUGUCAUUGACCCAAAGAAACCAAAAUCCCCCAACCUCGCAGCUGCACUUCAGAACCCUUACCUAAAAAGCGCCUCUUACACACUGCCUGACGGUACCAUUAUCAUCGAUCCACGAAAGCCUGCCUCUCCAAAUCUUUCUAAUGCCCUUCAGAACCCAGCCCUAAGGAACGCCUCAUUCAACCUGCCGCAAGGAGUUCGUGACCCUAAUACACCCAUAUCUCCAGACUUGUUUAAGGCCCUUAAUAACCCAGCCUUGAAAGGGGCAACUCUGACCCUACCCGAUGGAACUAUGAUAGUUGAUCCGAGAAAACCAAAGAGUCCCAAUCUGACGGCCGCGCUUCAAAACCCUUACCUUAAGGGUGUCUCAUACACCUUGCCUGAUGGAACCAUCAUCAUUGACCCACGAAAACCUCUCAACCCCGACUUGUCUAAAGUAUGUACCUGCUUGUUUUUACUAUGCUCAAACUUGUCAGUUGUGACAAAAUCGCAACCUGUUUUCCACUUCUAGGCUCUCGAGAAUGUAAACCUUCGAAAUGCUACAUACCAGCUCCCUGAUGGAUCCUUGGUCAUUCCUGGUCAACAACCUAAAACUCCAAACCUUUCUUCUGCCCUGAGGAAGAACAUGGCCCUUCGUUCUGCAGAUCGCUUUCAUCUUCCUCAGAAUUCUGCCCUGACAGGGGCACCUAAACCCUCCAUUCCAAACCUUUCCACUGUCCUAAACAACGAAGACAUGCGUGUUGCCCAGUACAGGUUGCCAGAUGGCUCCAUUCUGACAAGACGGUUCCAUAAUCCCAGUAUGGUGGAUGCGAUCCAAAACCAACAGCUUCGUUACGCCUCAUACAGGCCACCGGCAGGACUACAAGGUGCGGAUAAUCGAUAUGCUGUGAUUCCCCCCUACGGACCGUACUCCGGCCACUGGGCCAGGAAUGCCAGAGGAGGCGGGGAAGCAGGGGAGGAUGUUUGGGCCGCUGAAAGGGUUUUGCCCCACGGCACCGUCCAGAAUCUGGCCAAGUGGUCGAUGUACAAAGAAGCUGGAGUGUUGGAUGGAUAUUUACCUGCACCUAAAGUUGAGGAUGGAGAGAUUCAGGAUCCAGACUGGACUCCUGUCAGGGAGAGGAUGCCUGGGCAAAGCUGGUAUGACAAGAUCUACUCAGUCCUAAGCAUGCCAACAACUGGCCACAGGGUAAAACGCUGGGCUGAGGGCAUGGAAGACUUGACACAGCUACCUGAGCUGAAUGAAACCACUGUUCUGAUGAAUCUCAAGAAACGCUACGACCAGGAGCUCAUUUAUACCUACAUCGGCAGCAUCCUUGUGUCUGUCAACCCUUACAAGUUGCUGAACAUUUACGGCACAGACAUGGUGCUCCGGUAUGAGGGCCACGGCUUGAGCGACAACCCUCCUCAUCUUUUUGCCCUUGCUAAUCUCUCAUACACCAACAUGAUGGAUGCCAAAAACAACCAGUGUAUUGUGAUCAGUGGCGAAAGCGGGUCUGGGAAGACGGAAGCAACGAAACUGAUUCUACGUUACUUGACAGCCAUACAUCACAAACGCAAUGUAACCCAACAGAUUGAGAUCCUAGAAGCCACGCCUUUGUUGGAGUCCUUCGGGAAUGCCAAAACCGUGCGCAAUGACAACUCUUCGCGCUUUGGCAAAUUCACGCAGAUCUGCAUGGAGCAGGGUGUAAUCAGCGGUGCCAUAACGUCUCAGUACCUGUUGGAGACAUCCCGCAUUGUCUUUCAGGCCAAAUCGGAGAGGAACUACCACAUCUUCUACGAGAUGUUGGCGGGUCUUCCUCCGCAAGAGAAACGCUUGCUGUAUCUGCAGGAUGCUGAGACCUACUACUAUCUCAAUCAGGGAGGGGACUGCACGAUCGAGGAGAAGGACGACGCGGAGGACUUCAGACGACUGCUGAAUGCCAUGGACAUCCUGCGCUUCACCCCCGAGGAGCAAAAGGGCAUUUACAGACUUUUGUCCUCCAUCCUCCAUCUUGGCAACGUCUACUUCCAGCCACUCCAGGCCGAAGGCCAGGAGGCGGCGUCGGUGGUGAGCGCCCAGGAGAUCCGGGUGGUGGCCGAGCUGCUGCAGGUGUCCCCUGAAGGCCUGCAAAAGUGUGUCACCUUCAAAAUGAUGGACACAGUCAGGGAAAAAAUCUACACUCCGCUCACAGUCGAGAAUGCUGUGGAUGCCAGAGAUGCUGUUGCCAAGAUCCUCUACUCGCUGCUCUUCAACUGGCUGACGGAGCGCAUCAACGGACGCGUGUACCCCCGCAACCACGCGCUCUCCAUCGCCAUCCUGGAUAUUUAUGGAUUCGAGGAGCUGCAGGUGAACAGUUUUGAGCAGCUGUGCAUCAACUACGCCAACGAGACCCUGCAGUUCUACUUCGGCAAAGUCAUCAUCCAGCAGGAGCAGGAGGAGUACAUGCGUGAGCAGAUUGAGUGGCAGCAGCGAGCCUUCAACCACAACCAGGCCUGCCUGGACCUCAUCGCCGCAAAGCCUCAUGGGAUACUCCGCAUCCUGGACGAUCAGUGCGGCUUCCCUCAGGCAACCGACCACACCUUCCUGCAGAAGUGCCAUUAUCACCAUGGUAACCACCCCCUGUAUGCCAAGCCCAAGAUGGCGCUGCCAGAGUUCACCCUCAAGCACUACGCCGGCAACGUCACCUAUCAGGUGCACAAGUUCUUGGAUAAGAACUUUGACACGGUCCGGCAGGACGUCCUGGACCUCUUCAUCCACAGCAAACACAGAAUGGUGUCCGACCUCUUCCUCAAACACUCGGAGGCCGUGUCCCUGCAGCGCUCCCACGCGCGGCGCAGCAGCACGGCUCGCCGCUUCCAGGCCAACACGGUCAGUGCAAAGUUCCAGAGCAGCUUGCAGGAGCUGCUGGAGAAGAUGGAGAGGUGUAACCCUUAUUUUGUGCGAUGCAUCAAGCCAAACCACCUAAAGGAGGCCGGACUGUUUGACACAGAGCUGGUGAGCACGCAGCUGCGUUACUCCGGAAUCAUGGAGACCAUUCAGAUCCGCAAGGAGGGUUACCCGGUCAGGCUCACCUUUGACGGCUUCCUCUCAAGGUAUAAAGCCCUGCUCUGCAUGAAAGAAACGCCGCCCGCCCUGGGAGAAAACUGCGCCAUCAUGCUGCGCAAACUGGGCCCCGUCAAGGUCGGCUCCUUCCAGCUGGGAGUCAGCAAGAUCUUCCUGAAAGAAGAGCUCCAUCAGCUGCUGGAAAGCAAGCGGGAUCGCCUGCUCAACAUCGCCGCCCUCACGCUGCAGAGAUACGUGCGCAUGUACUUCAUCCGCAAGAACUUUGUCAAGUUCCGACACUGCAUGACGCGCUUUCGUGCUCGCUGCAAAGGCUACGUGAUCAGGAGAAAGUUUUCCAUGAGGAGGAAAUAUUUAAUCAGGCUGCGCUCCAUCGUGCGGCUCAUUGUCAACCGGCAGCGUUACAUGCGGACGGUGGUGGAUCCUGCGAGGAAGGCUGAGGAGGUAAGUGAGGGUGAAGAGGACCGCAUCAAUAGAGAAGUGGUGAAUGUGAGCACGCUGCCUAUCCCUGCCCAGCUGGCCGCCCUGCUGCAGGCGGCUUCAGAUGGAGCCGAGCUGCACUCGGACUGCUUGGCCCUCGUCCAGGCUCCAAAGGUGCAGGUCGACCCCCAGCUGACCUUGCCCCUGGACAUCAACGACUACCUCAUGACUCAUUACAUCCGCGCCAUAUUCAGGGAGCCGUUGUUUGGGAUGCUGACGGCCCCGCUGGAGAACUCCCUGACCCGACUGGACCAGGAGCUUCAGCAAGGAUCGCUCAACGUUUUUGUGCUGAUCCUUCGCUUCAUGGGCGACCCAGACCUGAACGGGGCCCAGGAGAACCUCUUCGGCAACUACAUCGUCCAGAGAGGACUCGCUCGCCCCGACCUCCGAGACGAGAUCUUCGCCCAAGUCGCCAACCAGGUGUGGCGGAACCCCAACCUGCUAAAUUGCGAGCGGGGUUGGCUCCUGCUGUCCUCGUGUCUGUCCGCCUUCAUUCCCUCUCCAAGGCUGCUCAAGCACCUGAUCAAGUUCGUGUCCGACUACGGCCCGGAAGGCUACGACUCGGUGUGUCAGCGCCGUCUGCUCCAGGCGGUGCAGGGGCGGAGCUUGGGGCCGGAACACGUGCGCACGUACCCGCCCUGCCUGCUGGAGUGGACCGCCAACCGCAAGCGAGCGCACACGGUCCUGCACGUGCACUGUUUUGAUGGUGUGUCCGUCCUGUGUCCGGUGCACUCGUGGACCAGAGGGGAGGAGAUGGCCAGAGACAUCCUGCAACACAGGGGUGUGACGGAGGGUCGUCGGGGGUGGUCCGUGCUGCUAAAGGAGGCGGCCCAGUUGGUGGAACUGGAGGGCUCAGACUAUGUCCUGGACCUCAUCUCAGACUUGGAGCUCCCGGCGGACUUUCCUAAACACAGCAGCUACUUCAUCAUCUCUGCAAAGGAUCCAGGCCGAGUCAGGCCCAACGCUAGCAUAAGUCUGCUGGGCGGUGGGUUUGAUGCCAACGACGAUGUCUUAUUGUCCGCCGCAGCGUCUGACGGGUCCGCCAGCCAGGGUGAGCGUGCUGAGCCUCCGCCAGGGAUGGAUCGUUAUCUCGACAGCCUGUUUGACCCGGUUCUCUCCGAGGGGACGGCGGAAGUGGACUCUGCUGCCCUCCUCUCCAGCAGGAUGAAGGGCGCCGGAGGAGUCGGCUGGCACGACCCAGACCAGUCCGGCGGCCCCCCACCUCCACCUGGCGCUGUGCGGGUCCUUCCUGUGGGAGCCGUGAUGUCACCUCGCGUUGCGGCCGUCGCCCCCGUCACCCCCGUCACCCCUGAUGUCCAGCAGCAGAUAAACCAGCAGGCCGCCAUCAUGGAGCAGCAGCAGGCCAUGUCCAGCCCCCCGACCUCACCCGUCACAAGCCCUCCCACCAGCCCUCAGCUCCAGCAUCCAUCCAGCCCGUACGCCGCCGUGCCUCCGAGUCCCUACGCCAACAUCCCGCCCAGCCCAUACGCCAACUUCACGCCAUCGCCCUACGGCGCCGUCAGCCUCCCGUCCAGCCCCUACCCACCUCCCCCGGCGACUAGUACUCCAUUGCAGCCUCCGGGUCAACCCGCGCCGGAGGCCCCGACGCGGCCCAAGGACCCAGGGACAAGCCCCGCUGGAACCGACAGAACUGGGUCGACGCCGCCGGAGGCUAGUCCGCCCACGCAGUCGAAUAAAGACAGCGUUCCUCGAAGGAAAGCACCAACAAUUCCCACCAACAAGGACAAACCUGCCAAAAUUUUUGUGCCCUCGUCUGCACCGCCCCCUGCCGGUGAGAUAGUGAAGUACUCCCCUCGGCCAACAGAGCAUAUUGUGCCCAGCCACGACAUUCAAGAAAUUAUCAGGCGAUACAACUCCCCGCCUCCACCAACGGAGCCAUUCCCAUCUGGGAAAAGGAGACCAGAGGGUAAAUUCAAGAAGAAACAAACACCUCGUGAUGAAGCGUUACAGAUCCUAAAGCCUCAGAUGAGCAACCCUCCUGCUCCACAGCCUAAACGUCCAGAGGCUCCGCCUCCUUCUGCUCCCGUGAUGAAGGAGACCACUUCCGAACCCACCAGGAGCACCAAGACCAGAGCGCCAGGUCGUCCGGUUCCGGUCCCCCCACCAGUGUCUCGAGAGUUGCCGGUGGAAGCGGAGAACAUUCAGACUCAACUGCACCGGAGCACCAACGAGGAACACUACACCUACACCAACGUUCCCUGGAGACUUUACCUCAGGAAAGAGGUGUUUUACCCCAGAGACAACUUCAACAGCCCGCUGGUGUUGGACCUCCUUUUCAAACAGAUAGUUAACGACACUCUGUCAGAGGCGUGCGUCCGCAUCAGGCGGGAUGAAAGGCAGAGGAUGAAAGCUCUCUUUGGCGAACAUGACGUCCAACAGAACAUGGACCCGGUGGAAGAACACGUGAAGAAAAAGAUCGUCACGGCCGCCAGGGACACCUGGGAAAUUUACUUCUCCAGACUCUUCCCUGCUUCGGGUAGCGUGGGAACAGGCGUGCAAGUCAUGUCGGUGUCGCACGGCGGCGUCAAGCUGCUGAAGACCGUGAGGAGCAGCGCCACAGCUCCGGACUACUUCCGAGUCCUCCGAGCGUACACUUACGCGGACAUCUUGUUUGUGACCAUCCCGUCUGAGAACAUGCUGGAGUUCAUCCUGACCAAUGACAAGCUCAUCUUGUUCUCGGCCAAAGCGCCGCAGGUCAAACACCUGGUGGACGCCUUCAUCAACGAGAUCAAGAAGGAUUCGGACUACGUGAUCGCAGAGCGUAACUUCGUGGCGGACGACCGCUCCAUGCUCAACUUCCACAAGGGCGACAUCAUCAGGCUGCAAGUGCUGGACGGGCUGGAGAAAGGUCACAGCUACGGCUGCGUGGUGAGGAAGAAAGUCGUGUUUCUGGAGGAGCUGAAGAGGAAUACACCCGACUUUGGCUGGAAGUUUGGCGCCGUGUUCGGACGCUCGGGUGCCUUCCCUGCCGAGUGCGUGCGCCCCGUGGCGCCUCCGGACUUCCUGACCCUGCCGCUGGACCGCAAGGCGGAGCCUCGCGGAGGGGCGGGGCAGUUUGCAACGUCGUCGGCGGUGGCGGUGGCCGUGGCGUCCACCAUGGCCGCGCACGAGAUCGACCAGACCAUCGAGGUGAGCUUGCCGGGCGUGUUCGAGCGCCUCGCCAGGACUCUGCAGGACAGCAAAUACGACAUGCUGGAGUUCGCCAAGAAAUACUUCAGGCGUGCAGCCGGAGGGGACUCCCUGAAGAACAGGAGCAAGAGCCGAGACUCCAGGGUACCUGAGGAAAUGAUCAAGUUCUCCAAGACACCCCUCAGCGAGUCUCUGAUAGAGUUCACCGACCCGGCCAUGGACAGAGUGGCGGCGGACCUCUUCUUGUCGGUCAUGCGCUUCAUGGGGGACGCUCCGAUCCGGGGACUGACGGAACAGGAAGUGGUCGCCACCUUCCUCAAGCUGAUAAGAGAUUUCACCUUGAUGAGGGACGAGGCUUACUGUCAGGUGCUCAAACAGAUUACAGCCAACACCAGCUCCAAAGCUGACAGCUGCCAGCGAGGAUGGAGGCUCCUAUACAUCCUGACUGCUUUCAGCCGCUGCUCCGAGGUCCUCAAGCCCGUCCUCCUGAAAUACCUGAUGCAGGCCUCUCUCGGCGCCGGUGUACAGUAUCAGGGUAUCGCCAAAGCGUGUGAGCAGAACCUGAAGAAGACGUUCCAACAUGGCGGCCGCACCAUUCCACCCAACAACAUGGAGCUCAAAGCCAUGCUGUCGGGGAGAAGCUCCAAGCGUCAGCUCUUCCUCUUCCCGGGAGGCAUUGAACGCCACGUGAAAAUCAAAACCUGCACCGUCUCCCUGGAGGUGAUCGAGGAACUGUGUUACGAGAUGGGCUUACACAGACUGGAGGCCAUCGAGGAAUACGCCAUAUUUUUAGUGACCGGCAGAGGUCAGAACGUGCGGCCGCUCAACAAACACGAGUACAUCCUGGACGUCGCCUCAGAGGCCGAGGUCGUGGACAACAACUACAGCUUUUGGUUCCGACGGGUGGUCUGGACCCAGCCUCUCAAGUUCGACAGCGAGCUUUACGUGGCCAUGCACUACAAUCAGAUCCUGCCGGACUACCGCAAAGGUCUCCUGAACAUUCUCCCAACCGGAGCGGUGAGCGACCAACAGCUGCACCAGGUCUCCAAGCUGGCCGCCUUGCAACACCGAGCCGAAGACCUGCUCUUCAUCCCCAGCAUACACGAGCUGUCGGAGUACAUCCCCGCGCCUCUCUUCAAAAGGCAGCCGCCCCAGCAGUGGGUUGCCAUGGCGACGCAGCACAUGCAGCAAGUGCAGACCUUGAGUCCACACCAGGCCCGCGCACAGUUUAUGGGUCUGGUCAGCGCCUUCCCCAUGUUCGGCUCGUCGUUCUUCUACACCCACAGCAGCAGCUCCACCUCCUUCUACGCCCCCUGCAUCGUCGCCGUCAAUCAAAACGGCCUCCACUUCCUGCACCAGAGCACGCACGAGGCGAUGGCGGCGGUCCCCCUGGCGGAGGUGCAGGCCAGCCGCACCCAGAGGCCCUCGGCCGGGGCCAGCUACCCGUACGUCGACCUCGCCCUGGGCGACAUGGACGCGCAGCGGCUGGUUCAGCUGCAGCUGGAGCAGGGCCUGGAGCUGUGUCGAGUCAUCGCCAUGCAUGUGGAAAACAUGAUGCUGCUGCGAGAGAAGAGGCUCACUCUGCCGCCCAGCGAGAUCACCGUGCUGUAGAACAUGGGCGUCCAAAGUGCGGCACAUUUUUUCAAAAAUUGUUAGCAUUCUAAUUAGCAUGCUAGUUUGUCUUUUUUUGCUAGUUUUGCACAUAAACAUCUUAUAAGUAGACGCAGCAUCGAGCGCUACUGCCUGCUGACGAGACGUGAGGCCGCCAUCUUGGAGUGGUGAUCCUAGCAUAGCUUGGUUGGUAGAGUGGCCGGGCCAGCAACUUGAGGGGUUGCAGGUUCGAUUCCCGCUUCCGCCAUCCUAGUCACUGCCGUUGUGUCCUUGGGCAAGACACUUUACCCACCUGCUCCCAGUGCCACCCACACUGGUUUAAAUGUAACUUAGAUAUUGGGUUUCACUAUGUAAAGCGCUUUGAGUCACUAGAGAAAAGCGCUAUAUAAAUAUAAUUCACUUCACUUUUUUCAAAAAUUGUUAGCAUUCUAAUUAGCAUGCUAGUUUGUCUUUUUGUGCUAGUUUUGCACAUAAACAUCUUAU